AUGCUCCUCCUCUAUUUCACACUCAUCGCCUCCGCAGUAGCUAUGCCAGUCAGUCAUAGCGACACGUGCCCGUUCCCAAAUGGGACAGAUAAAGCCCUACAUUCGUAUUUAUGUGCAGCAGGCGAAUUUUUCACCGUAAGCUCCAUUGACACGACAGAUGAGAAAGGAAAUAAUGUUUAUCCAAUUGAUCCUCGACAACCAUUCGUACUUCGAUUGCAUGCGUAUAACAAUGGACCUCAGAUUGAUGACAACAAAGUGAAUGUACGAAUCUUCGAAUACGAGUCCGGUCUUACAAGUACUGAUUGCGAGUGGACACAAUUACCCACUUUCGGAUUAUUGAACAACAUUGACGGAUGUGACUACGCCCAUAACUGCCCGCUUACGCAAGGACCGCUUACACUAGAUCUUCCACUGGAUCUCACCCAGUUUUCUGCCAUUAUCAAUAUUAUGGCUGCACAUAGGCCAUAUGAGUUCGAAAUCCGAAUGUACAACUGGAACAAAGGGAACACUAGACACGAAGAAAUUGUGUGUGUGAUGGCACAAAUGGAAUUGGUCUAA